AUGUUGGCUCUAAAGAACUCAAGGGUGGCAUCCAAGGCUGUACAUAGUCCAAAAGACUGGACUUACCGUGAACUGAAGGAGAUAGAUAGCCUUCUGAGAUGUCCAAUUUGUUAUGAUUUCAUACAUACUGCCAUGAUUCUACCAGAGUGUUCACACACAUUCUGUUCUUUCUGCAUCAGACAACAUUUAUCCCACACCAACAAGUGUCCGAUCUGUAAUAGUGCUGCAUGUGAGAACAAUUUAAGAAACAACAGACUGGUAGAUGAUGUGAUUUUACAGUUUAAAUCCAUCAGAUCUCGUUUACUUGAAAUCACAAUGAAACACUCAACUGAUAAAGAUGUCAACUACUGCAAUUUCAACAAAAAAACAUUGCAAGACACAAAGACUCAAAGUUUACUUCCAAUUUCGAAAAAUACAUGUAAUAUUGCUACAAAAGAUGUAGCUGUCAUUGACCUCGUAUCAGAAGAUGGUGAUGAGAAUGAAAAAGAUUUUGAGGAUCAAACAUCUAAUGAGGAUAAAGAGAACAUCACAGAGGUGGAUCAAGGAUUUUGUACACCUAAAGCCAAGGCUGGUACACAGUUCACUGAUCUGAACAAGAUCGGAGAAUCCUCCAGCUCAAAGACGUGGAGCCCAUCUUAUCUUGGCAUGUUUUCACCUUCACCAAGAAAAAUGGUUCCUUGUCCUGUCUGUGGAAUAUCUUUAAAAGAAUCUGCCAUGAAUGAUCAUCUAGACAUUUGUCUUGGGGGAGAGGAAAAAAAGUCAGCACUUAGAAAGCAAACGCCUAAAAGGAAACCAAUGGCAAAGUUAGUGUACAAUCUGAUGUCAGAGAGGGAAAUCAAGAAAAAGAUGAAGGAAGUGGGACUCUCUACAACGGGAGAUAAAAAAGCCUUGAUCAGAAGACACCAUGAUUUUGUGAUGCUGUAUAAUUCUGAGUGUGACUCAUUAAAACCUCGAUCAGUUCAAGAUAUUGUGAAGGAGGUGGAGAAGAUGGAAGACAUCAGAAUCAGAAAUAGAAGGGACAAUAAUAGACUUGGCAUAGAGAAAAACAGCUCACCUGCCUCCAUAGAGAAAGCUCAGAAGGUUUACUUGAAAAAGCACAAGUCACAUUUCUCAAACUUGAUAGAAGAGACCAGACGAAGAAUGAGGGAACAGAAAGCUGAAAGGAAGAAGUCAUCAGAUGUAAAAGAAAAGAAUGAAGAAAGUCAAGCAUCUGACUCGGAGCUUGGUGGAACGGGGACAGAGUGUACCCAAAGUGAAUCUGAGGGAGACUCAAGGACAUCUGAAGGUGACUCAAGAAGGACUUCUAGUAGGAACGGGAGAAACAAAGAGACAGGAACGAGAAGAGGAACUGAUGUAAGGAUAGCAGAAAUUGACAUGGAUUAUGAUGUUAAAGUAGUCUCGUCACAAAGUGAAAGUGAAAGUAAAGUUCAGAGAAGAUCAACAAGAAACAAGGAAAGAACUAAAAAGGGUGAAGUUCAUCAGCUGGAGACAUCAGCAUUAGAAGCAUGUGAUGUGGAAGUAGUUUCUUUGGAAAGUGAUUCUGAAAGUGAAAAUGCUAGACCAUUGCAAAUGGAACAUAAAAGGACACGAAGCAGAAAUACUCAUGGAAAAACUUCAGAAGGUGGCACAGAACAAGUAUUGACAGAUACUAUAAUUGAUGAUGAAAGUGGACGUAGGAAAUCGCUUAGGACCAGGAAGAAAGCAGAUGCUGACAAAGCACCCUGUAAUUCUAGAACUCAUGUUUCCCAAAAUCAGAGAAUUCAUGAUCGAGGAGCUACAGCCAGAAUUAAAAGCAGAAAUAAGCCUGUUGUUGGAAAGAAGACAGGUGAUUCUGUCUGUGAGGUGAUAAAUGUGGAUAAAGCUCACAGGAAUAGAGAUGGUUUCAAUAAAUAUGAUGGACAGAGUAUUCAAAGGAGAAUUAAAAGAAACUACAGUAAAUUUCUUUCACAUUCUGAAUCAUCAAAGAGCAAGAAAACUUAUCAUGAAGGUGAAGUGGAAGAAAUUUCUGACACAAGUGAUGUGGAAAUGGGCAUGGAUGAGCCAUUGGAAGAGCUGAACAUUGAAGAAAGUCAGAGAAAAGAUUCAACUGCUGUAUUUGAACAUGAAGGUACUUCGGGAAAUGUUUUAGGUGUUGAGAAAAGAAAUACAGAGGUAAUAAAAUGCAAGACUACAUCAUCAUCACCAAGCAGUUCAACAAUAGAAGUGGAUAACAGUGAAGAUAAAUUUGUUUGUGUUGCAUCUGUACACAGAAACAAACCCAGUGCAGAUUUGAUCAUAAAUGUGCCUGUUGACUUGGAGAAAAUAGAUUGGGCAGAGGAAGGAGAGGAUGAUCGGAAAAGAGAGAAGAUACAGAGACAGUUUCUUGGAAGCCCUAUAAGGAUCCCAGAGAUUAACAGAACUUGUAGCUCAGCACAGGAAGAUGGGGAAAUUCUCUCAUGUGAUGACAAUAUGGAUGAGAAUCAUGAUGAAAAAGAUGGAAAGAAACAGAAGAGUAACCCUAAGAAGAGUAUUGCAAAGAAGGUCAGAAAGAAUUCUUCUGAGGCAUUAAUUGGACAUUCCUAUGAUGUGGACCACAAUGAAAGGGAUGUAGCAGAUCUGAGGACUCUUAAGACUCCUGAUGGAAAGUCGGAAUCUUUACUUUCAGAAGAGCAUUGCUGUCAAGAGAAGGAAAAAUUGAGAGAUGACCAAGAUGAGGAGGAAGGUGUACAAGUGGAUGAAACUCCAGUGAAGGAUUAUGAUGUGGAGAAUUUUUCCACCCUGUGGCCAGCAUUAAGUGGAGGAGCGGAUGUGUCCAGGGCCAGAGCUCGCCAUUUUUCCUCUAUGUCAACCCAGAGCAAUAAAUCUAACUGUAGUGAUCUGUCAGCUGUCUCCUCCCCCAUCAAAAUUGAAGAGGACAUUCAAGAAGAAAGAAGCACCUCCAGAUCAUCAAGUAGAAGGGAGAUUUUGGGAGACUUUGAGAACAGAAAGAGGAAAAGACUAAGUGAACCAGCAUCCAGAAAACGUAGACGAAGAUGAUAAUCGCAUGAAGUAAAUAUCAUGUCAAGACUUUUCCAUAAUGUCCAAGAUGUAAAGAAGUGAUGUUAAUAUUUAAAAGUGAAUUAAUUGCAUGCAAUGUGAUGGUUUCCGUUGUACAAAUUUUUAUAUUGAAUAGUCACAAGAUGUGAUGCAUGAAAGUGAGUUUAAUUUAACACCUGAGAAGGAUGACUUCAUAUUAAUCCUAUGUUUGUGCUGAACAACAAAAAAUUUGCAUCUGUGUUAUCAGGAACUGGUCAAAUUAUUUAACAAAGAUGACUUCAUAUUUACACUGUAUUUGUACAUACAUGUAUAUAUUUGUCUUAAUUAUUA